AUGUCUCUAUUGGCUUCUUCUUCCUCUUGCAACUACAAAUACAUUGUCUUCCCGAGCUUUCACGGACCGGAUGUCCGUAAAACACUUCUUAGUCACAUGCGCAAACAGUUUGACUUCAACGGCAUCACUAUGUUUGAUGAUCAAGGGAUUGAGAGAAGUGAAGAGAUCGCCCCUUCACUCAAAAAGGCUAUCAAAGAAUCGAGGAUCUCGAUCGUGAUUCUCUCCAAGAAAUAUGCAUCGUCAAGCUGGUGUUUGGACGAAUUGGUGGAUAUCUUAAAGCGCAAAAAAGCUAUGAAACAGAUAGUAAUGACCGUCUUCUAUGGAGUGGAGCCAUUUGAGGUACGGAACCAGACCGGAGAAUUCGGGAUCGCUUUCAAUGAAACUUGUGCACGUAAGACGGACGAGGAAAGACAAAAAUGGAGCAAAGCUUUGAACGAAGUGGCCAAUAUUGCUGGAGAAGACUUCUUAAGAUGUGAUAAUGAAGCCAAAAGGAUAGAGAAGAUCGCCAGAGAUGUUUCAAAUAAACUGAAUGCUACACCUUGUAGGGAUUUUGACGGCAUGGUGGGACUUGAAGCUCAUUUGACAGAAAUGGAGUCUUUGCUAGAUUUAGAUUAUGAUGGAGUUAAGAUGGUUGGAAUCUCUGGUCCUGCAGGGAUUGGUAAGACAACCAUAGCCAAAGCUCUGCAGAGUCGAUUCUCUAAUAGGUUUCAGCUUACUUGUUUUGUCGACAAUCUAAGGGGAAGCUAUCUUAGUGGUCUAGAUGAGUUGCGUUUACAAGAACAAUUUCUUUCAAAUGUUUUGAACCAAGAUGGUAUUAGGAUAAACCAUUCAGGUGUGAUAGAAGAAAGGCUAUGCAAGCUGAGAGUGCUCAUCAUUCUUGAUGAUGUGGACCAUAUAAAGCAAUUAGAGGCGUUGGCAAAUAAAACUACAUGGUUUGGUCCAAGAAGCAGGAUCGUAGUUACCACAGAAAACAAAGAGCUUCUGCAGCAAGAAUGGAAAAGCUAUCCACAAAAGGGUUUUCAAUGGCUUGCAUUAAGAGUAACACAGCUUUGUGGUAAACUUCCAUUGGGUCUCUGUAUGGUGGGUUCAUCUUUACGUGGGAAGAAUGAAGAAGGAUGGGAAGAAGUAAUCUGCAGCCUAGAAAAUAAUAUUGAUCGUGAUAUCGAGGAAGUACUAAGAGUUGGUUAUGAGAGUUUAGAUGACAAUGAGAAAACGCUAUUUCUCCAUAUUGCAAUCUUCUUCAACAAUCAGUAUGUUCAUCUUGUGGAACGCUUGUUCGCUGACGGUGACUUGGAUUUCAAACGUGCGUUAAAAAUCCUUGAGAAUAGAUCUCUCAUAGAGAUAUCUUUUAGUAGUAGAAUAGUGAUGCACAGAUUACUACAACAAGUGGGUAAAAAAGCCAUUCAAAAACAAGAGCCUUUGAAACGCCAAAUCUUAAUGGAUGCUCGUGAGAUUUGUUAUGUCCUCGAAAAUGACACAGAUACCAGAUACGUGUCUGCCAUAUUAUUUGAUAUAUCUGGUAUCGAUGAAGUCUAUAUCAGAGAGGGAGCUUUUAGAAGAAUGUCUAAUCUUCGGUUCCUCACAGUAUACAAAAGUAAAGAUGAUGGGAAUGAUAUAAUGGAUAUACCAAAGAGGAUGGAGUUUCCACGUCGACUUAGGAUACUAAAAUGGGAAGCAUACCCAAACAAGUGUUUUCCUCCCAAAUUCCAUCCGGAAUAUCUUGUGGAACUUGUUAUGAAGAAUAGCAAGCUCGAGUACCUCUGGCAAGGAACCCAGCCGCUAAAGAAUCUCAAGGAGAUGAAUUUAAAAGGGUCCUCCAAUUUGAAGGCACUCCCAAAUCUUUCAAAUGCUACAAAGAUGGAGAUAUUGAAACUGAGUGAUUGCAAGAGUUUGGUGGAGAUUCCAUCCUCUUUUUCGCAUCUUCAAAGAUUAGAGAAGUUGCGGCUGAGGGGGUGCAUAAGUCUGGAAGUCAUUCCAGCUGACAUGAACUUGGAAUUUCUUUACGACUUAGAUAUGAGAGGAUGCUCAAGAUUGAGAAAUAUUCCAGUUAUGUCAACGAGACUCUACUUUCUAAAUAUAUCGGAAACAGCUGUUGAAGAUGUGUCUGCAUCAAUUACGUCUUGGCAUCAUGUUACGCAUCUCUCGAUAAACAGCAGCGCAAAGUUAAGGGGUUUAACACAUCUCCCAAGGCCUGUCGAAUUUCUAGACCUAAGCUACUCUGGUAUCGAAAGGAUUCCAAAUUGCAUCAAAGAUCGUUAUUUGCUUAAAAGCCUAACUAUAUCUGGAUGCAGAAGACUCACAUCAUUGCCAGAGCUCCCUGCUUCGCUCAAGUUCCUAGUCGCAGACGAUUGUGAAUCACUGGAGACCGUAUUUUGCCCUUUCAAGACAUCAAAAUGUUGGCCCUUCAACAUUUUCGAAUUCACCAACUGUUUCAAAUUGGACCAAGAAGCAAGAAGAGCAAUUAUCCAACGGCCAUUUUUUCACGGGACAACGCUCUUACCUGGAAGAGAAGUGCCAGCAGAGUUCGAUCACCGAGGAAGAGGAAAUACCUUGACCAUUCCUCUCGAAAGGAAAAGGUCUUACCGUGGCGUUGGGUUUUGCGUCGUGAUUUCCCCUAACCACCAAAUCACAGAAAAAUUUCAUUCCGGACUACUUAUCAAAUCUCGAACAAAACAUUUACUGAUAAUUCACUAUCACUUUGAAAGAUUAGACCACCAAUCUCCAGCGUUGAGCAGAGAGUUGUUUUUCGAAUUACGCAGCGUAAACGAUAACUUCAGAUUAUUGAAUGUGGUGCCAGAUUGAUUGAAGAAGAGAGCAUUGAAGAUAACUAUGAGUCUGGAUCAGACCAAGCCUCCGAAGAAGAUAGCAUCGAAGAGAACUAUGGAUCUGGAUCAGACCACCAAGCUUCCGAAGAAGAUAGCAUCGAAGGGAGCUAUGAAUCUGGAUCAGAACAAGCGUCCGAAGAAGACAGCAUCCAAGAAGAGAACUAUGAAGAGAGCAUCCAAGAAAGCUAUGAAGCUGGAUCAGACCAAGUGUCUGAAGAAGAGAGCUAUGAAUCUGGAUCAGAACAAGCCUCUGAAGACGAAAAUGAGUUUGAACACAGCGAAGAAGCCUCUGAAGACUACAAAUGGAGUAAUACUAAUCUGUGACUCCCAAAGUCGAAGGAGAGAGCAAGUGCCAUACCCAGACAAACGCACGAGCAAUCUCCUUCGCAAUCAUGGUGAAUUCUUCCUCUGAAACAUUGAAUUAUUUUCUUGCUAUUAACUCGAACAGAAAUGAAUAAUGAUAUGAUGAUUUUCUCGUGCUUGCAGAUUAUCUCAGAGAAGAAUCGCCGCGAGAUCUCCAAAUACCACCUCUUCAAAGGUGAUUAAGCUUAUGUAGAGCUUUUUGUCAAAGGAGUAUGUCAAAGAGACUUUUACUUGGGUACAUUACUACUGGUUCCUUAACAAUGAAGGCAUUAACUUCCUCAAGACUCACCUCAAUCUCCCACCUGAGAUUGUUCCUGCGGUCCUGCCACCUUAAAAAGCAGCCUUCUUUUUUUUUCCACGACUGAGACCUUAAUUAAAAGCAGCCGAAUAAGCGACCAAUUUUCUGUAAAAAGCACUUACUAGAUUUUACUUUGUUAGGCUUUCCCUUUUGUGUAUUUUUGUAUGUCUCUUUAAAAAGAUAAGGCAUUCACGGUAAAACAAAACAAAAAAAUCAACGAAAAAUAAUUACGGAAACACAAAUAUUUAAUGAAAAUAAAAAAC